ACUUUUUCAUCGUUCCAGUAUUAUUUGUUACCAGUGGCCACACCGCGAUAAGCCCCGUCCCGGGAUCAGUCCGGUCCCGGGUCGCUUCCCGGUUUUUUCCACCGAAGCUCUCUGACGUCAUUUCCUCCCGGUUGUCACUUCCGGAUGCGGUAAGGAGAGAAGGGAAACACUCGGCAAAGCAGGGGUUAAUUUAAAUGACAGCCGCGACUGUAAAGUUAGUUGAAACAUAAAGUGCAUCGAUAUUGAUACUAGCCGCAGUGUUAUCUCCUGGCCGGUGUCCCGGUGGACUUGGACCGGGGCGGAGAGACUGGACCCUCCGGUUGUUCGUGACUCGCGUUACCGACCGCAGAAAUCGACGAGCUUCACGGAUCAACAAACAGUGGAAACACGGAACUGUGUUGUGUGGAUAUUUGAUCCGUAAAACCAUAACCGAGCGAUUAUGGGCUUGGUUUAAUGUGUGGAGAUCCGGAUCGGGUGGUUUUGGUUUAGAUCGGAUUGUAAACCUGGGAGCCAGCUGUCAACAACGCUAAGCCAAGUUUUAACGAGGGGACGGAUCUGCCUUUUCUCUUCACUUUUACAGACUUCAGAGUUAAAUCACUCGUUAUCCUCUGAUCGAUGACGGACAUGGAUCUGAUGUGGACCUCGAUAUCAGAACUCUGUGCGGUUCUUACGGGCUGUGAAUAACGCGUUGGCCCGCGGGCUUAUCUUCAGCUUACUCCUUCCGUCUCCUGCUGACUGGACGCUUUAACUUCUGCUGUCAUUGUGUGUGUGUGGCAAUAUUGCUGUGUGGAACUGUUCCUUUAGUCUGUUUUAUAACUUAACGAACCUAAAUACGACCUUCAUCUCAACAGUACACUAUGAACGGCCUUUCUCUGAGCGAGCUGUGCUGCCUGUUCUGCUGCCCCCCCUUCCCCGGCCGCAUCGCCGCCAAGCUGGCCUUCCUGCCCCCCGAGCCCACCUACACCCUCAUACCCGACCCGGACGCCGGCCCGGCCCUGCCCCCCGGGGCGGCGGGCGGCCUGGGCUGGAAGCUCCACCUGAUGGACCGCGCCGAGUUCCAGUACUCCCAGCGGGAGCUGGACACCACCGAUGUGUUCCUCACGCGCUCGGCCCGCGGCAACAAAGUGAGCUGCAUGUACAUCCGCUGUGCCCCCGCUGCCAGGUUCACGGUGCUCUUCUCCCACGGUAAUGCGGUGGACCUGGGUCAGAUGAGCAGCUUCUACAUCGGCUUGGGGACGCGGAUCAACUGCAACAUCUUCUCCUACGACUACGCCGGCUACGGCGCCAGCACGGGCAAGCCGUCGGAGAAGAACCUCUACGCCGACAUCGACGCCGCCUGGCACGCACUGCGCACGCGGUACGGCAUCAGCCCUGAGAACAUCAUCCUGUACGGCCAGAGCAUCGGCACAGUGCCCACGGUGGACCUGGCGUCGCGGUACGAGUGCGCCGCCGUCGUGCUCCACUCCCCGCUCACCUCCGGCAUGAGGGUGGCCUUCCCCGAGACCAAGAAGACCUACUGCUUCGACGCCUUCCCCAACAUCGAGAAGGUCUCUAAGAUCACGUCCCCGACGCUGAUCAUCCACGGGACGGAGGACGAGGUGAUCGACUUCUCCCACGGCCUGGCGCUCUACGAGCGCUGCCCCAAGGCGGUGGAGCCCCUCUGGGUGGAGGGCGCCGGCCACAACGACAUCGAGCUCUACUCCCAGUACCUGGAGCGCCUGCGCCGCUUCAUAGGGCAGGAGCUGGCCGCACAGCACCCCUAGUGGUGGGAGGGGGGAGUGCUCCUCGCCCUCUCCUCCUGACCCCCCCCCAACCCCCGUUGUCGUCGUCGUCGUCGUCGUCGUGGGCGUGCUACCGACCCACAACCAGACGAGGACCUCCCUGAAAUACGUUUACCAAAGUGUAGAAUCACAACCCGCCACUCCUCCCUCCAGAACUACAGACGGUUUUUUUUUUUACAGGAAGCCGAGACUACAGUCAGCAGCACCAACACAGCCAGUGGAGGCGGAGCCAAGCAUGCUCUCUCCCCCCCCCCCCCACCGCCGCCUCUUCUCCAAGACUCGCCUGUCCCGGGGCCAGGAGCCCAGUCCCGUGCGUCAGAGGGAAUCCCUCCCCGACACUCGGGUUGGCGUUGGGGUCUCUCUCAGAGCCAGCAGGACAUUUUUAUUUCUCAAAUGUAAAACUUAUUUAGUGUGUUUUGUAUGAUAAUGGUGAGACGCUUCGAUCCGUCGACGCGGCCUCACUUUCUAAUUCGUGCAUUAGCUCUAUCGGGUUGAAACCGGUGCCGCUUAUUAUGACUAACGAGACCAAGCUGUUUGGUGACACAUGCUCCGCUGCUAUGCCUCACGUAACCGCGCGUCCAAUGCACUAUACCCUGCCGCGUUUUGACUCCAUACCCCUCGGAGUGACGUCCGGGUGCCCAGUCGUUUGUACAUAUUCGGGUGGAUGUAAACCCUGCUUUACAUUUUGAUAAUCCUUUUAACAUUAACGUAGCGGUUGAUCCAACACUGACCUCUGCGACCCAUAGAACCAGUGUUUGUUUUGUCUUAGCGGUGUUAUUUACGGGGAUAUCUCUUGACGGCUAAUGUUAUCUUUUCUGUGGGCUCUUCUUAAUCAACCGGCGGUGGGCAUGGUUCGUUCACUGUCCUGCAGAUUUGUUUUUAAGGCAUUGGUUGAACGCCGACUCCCCACUCGUGCACAUCCAUUUUGUAUGGUUUUAUUUAAGAGAUUACAUUUGCCUGAAAUACCUCGUAACACUUCCCAGACUUCAGACUCGACCACGACAUUGGCAGUAUGUCCCUUUUUGUGGCUCCAGUUUGUUAAGACUCUGGCUUGAGCAAGGCUAAAGGUGAAUACUUGGUUGUUUAACAAAAAACAAAUGGUAUUGUUUAGUUUGUGUGUGCCGAUUAAAUGUAAUGUUUAUAUUUCUACCAAAGACUAAAGUGCGUCUUUCUCUAUUUCCGGCUGGCAACUUGUCCCUUAAUAUGCAGUUUUAACAAGAAAUAUAAUUUUUUCAUUUUGCCCUGGACACAAAUUGUAAAGCAUUCAGCAAAAUUAUCAUAUUUUUCUAUCGUGUCAAGACUCGUGUUUUCAAAUCUCACAAGAAAAGAUGUUAAAUUCUAAAGCCCGCCUGGGCAGUUAUUUCAUAUUGCUUUGCAGGGAGGUGAAUGCAAUCCAACCAAAUCUGUAGUUUUGUAGAGCAACUGUUUAUGGGCACAAUAUGGGCCCUGUUUAUGAGUGUGUGUGUUUGUGUGUUUUUGGUUGGUUGACAUAUUGUUAUGCUGUUGAUUCGAAUUAUACAAAAUGUAUUCAUUGUUGUAAAUAAAGAUAUUUUCCUCCUCCA